AGUGUGCUUUAGCUACUUUCCCCUGAAGAGAUUUGGCAGCAUUACUGUGCUUACACUUCAGGCACAGAGAUACUGACAGCUGGUGAAGUAGGUUGCUGGAGGCUUACUGCAAGAAGAAAAGAUGUGUGUUUACAUGAAGUGCAGUAGCCAUGCUGUUGAUGGGAAGCAGCUGUGAGGCGUGAGCUCGCGCGCGCUGCACCACGGGAUGCAGGGAUGGGCUUCCCUGUGGAUGUGCUGGAAGCCACGAGUCACAGGGAGCUGCAGAGCUCAGCCGAUAGGUACAUGAAGGAGCUGCUUUACAGUGACCCUGACCAUGCCCACUAUUUCACACUGCCCAGUGGCGAGAAGGUUCAGCUCAGCUUCUCCAAUGUAGGCCCUGUUCCUCUGUAUGGAGUUGAUUCCCAGCACAAUGUCCUGGCUCUGUUCACCCCACAAGACCAGCAAACAGUCACGGCUUUGCAUUUGAACAGUCAGUGGUACUCUGUGGAAGAUAUCCUGAAAACAGCAAACUGCACACGAGAAGGCCUUAUCAAGGUGGGGUCUGUGGGUGAGAGAAUCGUCCUGUAUGUGUUGAACCGCAUUGUAUACCGCACUAAAGAGAUGGGAAGUGGAGAGAUGGGUUUCCUGUGCCACAGUGAAAACGACUACGCCAAAAUCCUCUGGAAGAAUGGCCAAGCUGUGGGCUUCUACUCAGUCAAACCAAAAGGUAAUGUUUGUAAUAACUCUUUGGAGCAGCGCUACUUCCUCCCUGUCAUGGACUCCAUAUUUGUGAGGAAGGCUCACCGGGGAAAAGGUUAUGGGCUGCAGAUGCUGGAGGAUUUUGUGGAUUCAUUUAAUGAGGAUGAACUUGGCCUGAAGUACCCUUUGACUCCAGCUAUGGCAAAUGUGUGUAGGCAUUAUCUGGACCGCUCCCCGGCGGAUGUAGGCUUGUUCUGGGAGGUGGAGGGUGUCGGUGGUCCCUAUCAGAGGACCAGAGUGGCUUAUAAACUCACCUCUAGACCACUGAAAGGUGGCCAUGCCGACGAUAAUGCGCAAAAUGUAGAUAUGGUGGAGGACGAAGUGGAGGAAUCAGAGGACAUCAUUCUUAACAUCACAGAGGAAAUCAUUUUUGUUAACAAGCAUCAUACAGUAACUGAAGAGAAAGACACGCAAAUCUCCACGUUCACUCGGCGCAAUAAGCACAGGCAGAGGACACGCGUCAGAGAUGAAGAGGAGGCAAAGGGGAUGGAUAUCCGGCCAGCCAAAAUCAACAGGUUGGAGGCAGAAGAAGAGGAGAAGAAGGAGUUCGUCCCUGCUGAUGUCCCUGAGACACUGGUACUGGAAGAACUGGAUGAUGGUCAGACUGCGGACACUUCAGAGGAGCCAGCUGCAGAGCAACAGGAAGCAGCUCCUGUAGCUGAGGCUGACCAAGAAAUGGAAGUAGACACUACAGCUCAUGUGCAACAAAAAGAGGACGAUGCCCCUGCAGCUGGGGAGGAUUAUCCAGCGGCUGAAGCAACACAAGAACUAGCUUCUGCAUCUGAGAAACAGGAAGUAGCGUCUGCAGCUGAGAAGGAACAGGAAGUAGAUCCUCCAGCUGAGGAACCUUCUCCACUUUUCACUCGUCCUCAGGGAGAACAAGGACAGGAGGAGGUUAGGGAUGUAGUCAAUGACACAGCUGAGCAGUCUCCUAAGGAAGAGCCACUGAAGGAGGAAGAAGAGGAGGCAGUUCUAAAAGAGGAUGAGAUGGAUGAAGAGGGAGAUGAAAACAACCUAAACAAUCUUUCUGGUUUUUCAAUGACUCUUCGACGAUCCAGAAACAAAGCAGUGCCUCUAACGUCCAAACGCACCUUUAAGAGACUGAGAAAGAAGGCAUCGGAGAGGAAGAGAAAGGAAGAGGAAGAACAAUGGGAGGCAGAAGUGGUAGAAAACGACAACGGAAUGAGCACAGAGGAAGAAAAGGUAACAAAAGAAGAAGAGGCAGAGGCAGAGCACAGCUCAGAAGAGGAGGAGCGGGAGGAACCACCAAUGAUUGACAAGAGGGUGCUGAGGGGGACAACCAAAGUGAUCCAGACCAUGCGGCAAACUAGAUCCAUGCGGCAAACUAGAUCCAUGCGACAGGGCAAGAUGUGAACACACACCACAUACACACUUGCUCACUGAAUCUCCCUUAACGUACACAUUUCCAAGAUACACGAAACAGUACAGAACAGAGGUUUAAGCUCUUCUGCUUAACAUAUACAGUAGAAGAGCUUAUAUAUACAGUAUAUCGAAACAAAUACAUAUAAAGCUUAAACCUGAUGUGCAGGGUUUUAUAGUGCUGGGUUUUUAUAUUGAGGUUUGGGGUUACGAUAAUUCAGUUAUAACUAUUGCUAAAGCUUUUUGUGAACUCACUUUUCAUUACUUGAACAGAAAAAAAUAUAAUUUUAAAUAAAAUAUUACAGCUCUUCCUAUCUUUCCUAUACAAAAUGUUCACUAUUAAACCCAAUCAUGAUUACUUCCUUGUAUAACCGAUGCUUUGUUUUAAUACUCUUUGUAAAAUACCUUUCAACUUCUCCUCACUUUUUUUAAACCAAGAUUUAAGCUUGUACAUUCAGGGUAAUGUUAUAAUUAACAUCAUAACUAUAAAUCAUAUAAAUCCUGACAUCAUAACUACUAUGUUACGGCUUUAAGCUUCACUUUUUAAUUGACGUUUGCUGCUCAAGUUUUAAUACUUGCUGCUAUUAUUAAUUUUGCAAUGGAAGUGGUUAUAUACACCAUAAACACAUUUUACAGAGCCUUAUACAGUGCCUUGCACAAAUACUCACCCACCCUUUGAGCUUUUCCACAUUUUGUACUGGAAUUAAAAUGGGUUUAAUUGAGAUUGUAUGUCAUAAAAUCUACAAAAUAGUCCAUUAUAGUGAAUCACUAUAUUUUGCAAAUCAGUUGUCAUCAGAAAUCAUUAUAAUUAGUUAAAUAUAGUGAACCUGGGUGGAAUUAAAGUGUCACAUGACCUCUUGGUUGCUUUUCUGGUGCCCUCCUUGCCUGCUCACUGACUUUUGGUGGACGGCCUCCUCUAGGCAGAGUUACGGUUGUGGCAUAAUCUUUCCAUUUAUUAAUAAUGGAUUUAAUGAAGCUUUGUGGGAAGUUUGGAAUAUUUUUUUACAACCAACCCCUGAUUGAUAGGUUUUCAGAACUGUCCCAGACUUGCUCUGAUAGCUCCUUGGUCUUCAUGAUGCUGGUUGUUUAGAUAUGUUCUCUAACAGUCUUUGGGAACAAGUGUAUUUAUAUAGAGAGACGAUGUGGUGACACUUGAAUUGCACAAACUUCAUUCAGCUAAUUAUAUGACUUCUGAUGACCACAGGUUGCACCAGCACUAAUUUAGGCAUUUCACAGCAAUGGGAGUGAAUACUUAUGCAAUCACAGCUUUUAUGAUUUGUAUUUUUAAGUAAUUUUGCAAACUAUAUAACUAUAUAAAAUUAUAAUCUAUAAACUACAUAACCUCCUUUUUUAAUAUUAUGAGCUAUUUUAUGUAGAUUCAUGACAUAUAAUCCCAAUUAAAUCCAGUUCAGUUCCAGGUUAAAGCAUGCAAAAUGUGGAAGAUUCAAGGGUGAUAUAUAUAUAUAAAUUACCUUAAGAUUUGGUUUGUUAUCUUGUCACAGACAAAGACACAUAUACAUGUUAUUUUUACAGUAUAAUUUCUUCUUUGAAUUAUAUAGGAUAGUAACAAAUUACAGGAAAAAUCAAGAUCAAGUGUUGUAGUAAGAUGCAGGAACACCAUGCGCUACCAGAACAGCUUCAGUGCACCUUGCCACAGAUUCUACAAGUCUCUAGAAUGUCAUUCUCCAAACGAUAUUCCCUCAGUUGUUGUUUUGAUGGUGAUGGUGGAGAGCUCUGCUGCACACAUCGCUCCACAUUGCUGCACAAAUCGUUCUUUAUUCUCUUCUAAGAAUUGGGAGAAUGCCUAAGAUUCCUGCAAAAACCAUGGCAUAUGAUUAACAUCAGUUUCAUACUCAUCAAACCACUGUGAGCCCUUGUGCCCUGUGGAGGGGGGCGGAGUCAUUCUGGGGAAGACCACUCCCAUCAAGUGUAGUAAUGUUUCGUUAAAGGAUAAAGUUUUUUCUUUCUUUCUUUAAUUUGUCACCUAUCUGCAUGCUUUUAUUUCCUUUUUUCCUGUUUCAUACUCAUGAGUCUGAAGGAUUAACAUAAAAAUAUAUAGACAUUGUCUAAUUUCAUUGCUCCAAGGAUUGAGAAUUUUGCUUGCAGUACUUUUGAUAUCUUUUACAUAAACUAAUAAAAAAUAGAAUAUUAUCAAUGGCUAAAGCUGGUAUAGCUCCUUAUGGAGCUGGUGCCCUGUGUAGUGUACUAUGAAAGACGUAGGGGGGAUUUCAAAUACAGCCAGUGAGUUAAUUGUGAGAAUUUUUUAUGUAGUAUGCAGUAUACUAAACCUUUAUGGGCUUAAACAUUUGAUUUUUAACACGUAUAUUAGUCAAAGCGCAUUUAUUUUAGGUCAUAUUUGUUUAUCUGAGUCUGUAUCUCUUUUUAUACAUCAUCCCAAAGUGAAUUUAUUUCUUUAUUCAUUUCUCUAACUUGCAUCUGCCACAUGAGGGAGCUCUAAGAUUUAAAAAAAUUACACUGCUGAUGGAUUUUCCUAAACAUACAUCAAUGGCAUUUAUAGUAGAAACUAUUGUCAGGUGUCACGCUGUGCCUGUGUGAACCUUGUGUUGGGUUUCGUGUUCUGUACUCUCACCUGUAAAUGAUUGUCAGACCCAUGAGGAUUGCAGUUACUGUACUUCCGACGGACGAGAAUUGUUGCAUGCAUGUGAAACACAAUUCAGAUUUCCAAUAUUAUACACAAAUGAUCAUCUCAGCCCUUUCAUGCAAAUCUAUUUUUCUGUGAUUUUAUUUCUGUAGCCAAUACAUUUUUUUUUGACAUUUAUUAAGUUUAUUCAAUGUUCUGGUUUAGGAUUCAUCCUUAAUCAUCCAUCCUGCCUUUCUUUCUUUGAUUGACCAUGUUGAUGUAAACAUUUGGCUGCAUAUGCUCAAUUACAAGCUUAUCAAUUAUGUUAUUUCUGAUUAAUAUGGAUGAAAUAUAAGAAUCAGUGUUGUGCAUCUGUUCCAUAUCAGCACAGGUCUUUGAACUGCGUGAACGUGCACAUAUGGAGAGGAGGUGAAAGGAUAAUGUGGUGCCAGUUUUUGAUGAAGAAAGGUGUGUGUGUGUGUGUGUGUGUGUAAGGCAGUUCUUUUUGUAAUUUUGAACAAAAGCCCCCCAGCUGCUCAGUCUCCACUUACUGGCCCUGGUUCACUAGAACCACUUUCAUCCCCCCCCAAAAUAUUUUUAUUUUUUUUUCUCUAUCUAUCUAUCUAUCUAUCUAUCUAUCUAUCUUGAGU